AUGGCGGGCCCUAACAUGGAGGUGUUUCGCUUCGGCUUCUAUCUCUUGUUUCCUCUGGGAUUCAUGAUCUACUUUGGUGACCCCGCGUGGUACGACAAGCAUGUGCGGCCGAUCCGCGACCGCUUUACGCCCCCCGAGACCGAAUUCCGGCAUCCACGGACGACAGAGGAGCUGCGCGAGUCGUUACACAAACCGAGUGCGCCGGCCAAGUCGAUUAUCAACGAGGUGCCGGUGGCGGCGCGGAUGGCCAACUGGCGCGCGACGGACAAGGAACGGUUAAUCUAG